AUGCAACCGCGGUCCCGUCUUGGAGCGUUUCGCCUCCCCGUCAAAGGCAUGGUUGGUUUGUCGGUGCCGGCAUUGAGCCUCGGCCGGACGUUGCUGUCAGAAGAGGAACACGCCCGAAGCCAACAGCCAAAAAACCGCCGAGGUGCAGUGGACGGACGGGAGACGCUCGGCGACAGCGAACGAACAGACUGGCGUCGCGAGGCUGUGGCAAAGAAGAAGGGGAAGAGGGGUGGCCAGCGGGAGCUGGAGCUGGAGCUGCAUUGGCUUCCCCUAUUGCCAAUGCUGCGCAGCGGUUUUGCCUGCUGGGAUCCCCGCCACACUUGCACAGAGUACCGCGUCCCUAUCCACAGCUCGGGCGAGGCGGCAGGCCCUUCAGCCUGUGGUUUUGAUGGUAAUAUCUCUCAGCACCACAGAAAUUCGACCGCAAACGUUGAAGCGCCGUCUUGGGCGGGCCCUCAGAGCAACCUAUUUGCAAAUGCCAAGCUAAAGCGGUUCCGUAACGGCCACAGUCUCCAGGAUUCUGGUGUUCUCAAUUCGGCCCAGUUGCCCAUCUGGCCUCUGCUUCAAAGAAAGCUUCGCUUCGCGUUGCUUUGGGUACCCGUACGGAAGUGUGGCAUCUCGCUGCUGAAGCUCCGGGGCUUCCUCGCAGACAUGAGGCGCGCACUGCGAGUUAUUCCAGAGGACGGAGUACAUCUCGGAGUCUUUGCGAACGUUGGAGGACACACCGACGUUGUGCCACACACCCUGCAGCAACCCCGUUGGCAACUGACAGGACGCUUGCUGUGGUUGCUGCAGCCCCAAGACAGCCAGACGACACAUCGCCUUCAGCCCGGCAAUGUGGACGGUGCACCCAUCAUCACGGAGGCUGAAGCAUGGUAA